UUUUAAGAGGCUGAAUUAGCGACAGAUGUGUUGCUUUGGUGCUGUAGCCUUUGCUGAAAAACAAAAAAAGCCAGAAAGAGAAAAAGGAAGUGUUCCAGGAAGGGCUGAGCAGUGUGAAAUGUUUCUGGGCACCGCGGUUUUAAGUUCAGUUUUCUGUCGGUUUUGUCACUGAUAAGUAGUACAGAGCAGCCUCAGUGUCAGCCAUGGGGAGCGUGGGAAACCUUCGCUAUUUGGCCUUCGUCUCUUUUCUCUUGACUUCAACUUCACCUGCUGCAGAUGGUUGGAUCAGAUUGGCUGGGUCUGGGUCUACUCGGUGCUCUGGAAGAGUUGAAAUCUAUUACAACAGUUCCUGGGGAACAGUCUGUGAUGACGGAUGGGACUUAAAUGAUACUGAGGUAGUGUGCAGGGAGUUGGGCUGUGGUACAGCACUGAGUGCCCCUCAGUCGGCCCACUUUGGUGAAGGAACCGGACCGAUCUGGCUUGAUGAUGUGGGCUGCUCAGGAAGUGAAAGGUCUGUAACAGAGUGUCAGCAUGGAGGAUUUGGGACCCACAACUGUAAACACUCUGAGGAUGCUGGUGUUAUCUGUUCAGGUGAGAAAACUUUUGGAUGAAGCGUUUUGAAUAAGUGGAUCCUCAGCUGUAUAUUUUAGACGCUCUAGUCUUUUUGGCUUGUGAUGAGCUGUUCAGAUGCAGCACUGAAAAAAGAGCUGGUAACCACACCCCGCAGCCUGAUUUUAGAGUGUGAAAUGUUGCUCAAUAAACUGAUAAUUAAACUGUAAUGAAAGCAAAGAAGUUUAUCGAGUGUUUGAUCUACUGUGAAAAACAUCACAUCUUACUCGCAGUCUGUGAGUGAUGCAAAGUAUGUAA